UAAUCGAGGACAAAAUGAGGCACUUUUUAUUUUUUAGUUGAAACACCUUUGUGGAUGGUAUAAUUGGCUCAUUGUCAUAGCGUAUCGUUUAAUGUUCUGUUUAAUUAGGGUUACAAAGCUGGGUAAAAUCCGGGCCUGGGAGACCCCACUGAACCAGUUCAAGUUCUCUCCAGUUCCACAAAGGAACUUUCCAGUUUAGAAUGGCUGAACAUUUCUUCCAACACAAUGUAGGUGUAGAUGUUGCUCAUGUGUGUCAACUGUGAAGGUCAGCCAUACACAGUGUCCCACUGAGGAUUUUGUUUUAAAGAGCUACACUUCCUUCCUUCCUUCCUUCCUCCUCCUGAUGAAGUGUAGAUCUCAUAUGCAUAAGGACAAAUCACACUGCAUAGGUGGGCUUGCAUGGUGCAAGGCGUGGCACAAAUCACAAGUGCAAUAUUUACAUGUGCUAGUCCAAAAGGGCACAUCCUGGGUGAUUACUUAAGCUGUCUUAAAGGCCUCAAGGGUUGGUGUGAUGCUGGUGGGUCACUCGAGGAUAUUCCAGUCACGGGUAGUGCGUGGGAAGAAGUGAGUUUGAGGACACUGAAGACCUGCAAAGUGGGCACAGGAAACGUGAGGCAUGGUCUCUGGUGCCAGAUGAUAAUGGAGUAAGGCCCUGGGACCAUUUGAUGUCUAUCAGGUCAUAUACGGUACGUCGUCUCCAGCCUGCUCAUACGACGCCUGGUAGCUACGGAAGUGUGCCAUUGGAGAUCUUGAACCAUGGCUGAUACGCUGCUUGUCCUGACGUAGUCACCUGUGACGAACCUGGCUGAGCUAUGCUGCACCUGUUUUGUUCUCUUGGUAUUGAGUUGGGUAUGGGGAUCCCAUAAAGAGGCUGAGCACUCCACAAUCGGUCUAACGAAGGUCUUAUACAUGUAGCUGGUAGCUUUGAUGUUAACGGCUGCAGCGGCUGAGGCUCCAGCUCAAAAAUGCUCAGGAAGAGAUGGCCGUCUUUGUCACCACGUCAACAUGAGAGUUUAGAUCAAACAACAGAUCAGAGAGGAGAGAAUAAAAAAAACAAUACCUUUGAUUUAGAAUAAGGUAUCAUCACCGACGGUAUGGCCGCUAACAUCUUUUCGUGCUGCGUACCCAUCCGCCAGUAUCGACAGAGAGAGCAGGCCAGAAGGGCUGCCACAGCUCGCAGCGAAGCAAUCGACAAGGAGCUUGCCCGGACCCGGACAGACCUCAAAGUCCUACUCCUGGGCUCCCCAGGGUCGGGCAAGAGCACCUUCAUCAAACAGCUGAGAAGUAUCCACGGAGACGAAUUCACAAAUGAGGAGGUCGAACGCUACCGUGACGUUAUUUACUCCAACGUCAUAGAAGGCUUGAAAGCGCUUUUGGAUGCUCGGAGCAAGCUUCGGAUUCCGUGGGACGACGCAGCCAAUGAGGAACAUGCUGCCCGGGUCAUCGACUGUGACACAUCGCAGCUGAAUCCAAGGACAUUUGCAACACACGUGUCCAGUUGCAAGGCACUGUGGGUGGAUAACGGCAUUCAGGAAGCAUACAAGAGGCGGGAUGAAUUCCAGUUGGAAAGCUAUGUCAGGUACUUUCUGGAUGACUUGGAUCGCAUUGGAAAUGAGGAUUAUCUUCCCAACAGCCAGGACAUCUGCCACGCGCAUCAAACUACGCCGGGUGUAGCGGAGUACGUCGGCGAAAGCCACGGCCUAGUCCGGCGGUUCGUCGACUUGGGUGCCCCGCUGCGGUACAAGAAAGUCUUCGCUCACUUUGACGACGCCAGGGCAGUCUUGUAUUUCGUCUCGGUGGACAAGUUUGAUCAAGACCAGGGCAUCGACGGCGCCAACCACCUGAUGCAGGAGUGCGACACCUUGAGCGUGAUCCUCAACAGCCGGCACUUCGCCAGGGCCCACAUCUGUGUCAUCUUUAACAAAACCGACUUGUUGGAAGAGAAGAUCAAACACGUGAACUUCAACGACUUCUUUCCACAGUUUGAUGGUGACCCGAGCAAUGUAGACCACGUGAAGAAAUUCAUUCUGGAGUUAUUUGAGGAGCGGUGCCGCAGCUGGGGGCGGGACCCGUUCUUUAUGUACUUCAUCACCGCAGUGGACCCAAUAAACAUGAAAUUUGUUUGGUCGGCCAUGUCGGAUGUUGUUCGGCCGGCAUCCUGGUUGAGUUCCUUGGUUCUUUAUUGAGAACAUGCACAUGCCUACGUAAGGAUUGUGAACGUUCAACCAAUGAAACGGUAAAAGGCACCAAACUUCAUAGGAGUCCAAGUUUUAUGUGACACUGCAAACGUGUUGAAGACCAGCCAGCCGGUCUUUAUGUAUACUGUUUAAAACUGGUCACGUGACGGGCUGUCGACCAAUCGGA